GCCGUGGCAGCUGCAGGGCUCCAGGCCCCGGAGCAUGCGCGACAGCCGCCCCGGAUCCCCCAGCCGCGGCGCCCAGCGUCCCGCCGCCAGCGCAGCCCCGGACGCUAUGGCCCACCCCUCCGGCUGGCCCCUCGUGUAGGAUGGUGGCACGUAACCAGGUGGCAGCAGACAAUGCGAUCUCCCCGGCAGCAGAGUCCCGACGGCGGCCAGAGUCCUCCUCAUCCUCAUCUUCAUCCUCGCCGGCGGCCCCCGCACGUCCGCGGCCCUGCCCUGCGGUCCCGGCCCCGGCCCCUGGCGACACUCACUUUCGCACGUUUCGCUCCCACUCCGAUUACAGACGAAUUACGCGGACCAGCGCGCUCCUGGACGCUUGUGGCUUCUACUGGGGACCCCUGAGUGUGCACGGGGCGCACGAACGGCUACGUGCCGAGCCCGUGGGUACCUUCCUGGUGCGCGACAGUCGCCAACGGAACUGCUUCUUCGCGCUCAGCGUGAAGAUGGCUUCGGGCCCCAUGAGCAUCCGCGUGCACUUCCAGGCCGGCCGCUUCCACCUGGACGGCAGCCGCGAGACCUUCGACUGCCUCUUCGAGCUGCUGGAGCACUACGUGGCGGCGCCGGGCCGCAUGUUGGGGGCCCCGCUGCGCCAGCGUCGCGUGCGGCCGCUGCAGGAGCUGUGUCGCCAGCGCAUCGUGGCCGCCGUGGGCCGCGAGAACCUGGCGCGCAUCCCUCUUAACCCGGUACUCCGCGACUACCUGAGUUCCUUCCCCUUCCAGAUCUGACCGGCCGCUGCCGUGCCCGCAGCAUUAAGUGGGGACGCCUUAUUAUUUCUUAUUAUUAAUUAUUAUUAUUUUCCUGGAACCACGUGGGAGCCCUCCCCGCCUGGGUCGGAGGGAGUGGGUGUGGAGGGCGAGGUGCCUCUGGCUUCUGGCCAGAGACCCCAUCCCGCCUCUGGGGGGCUUCCCCUCCUGGUGCUCCCUCCGGGUCCCCUGGUUGUAGCAGCUUGUGUCUGGGGCCAGGACCUGAACCCCACUCCUACCUCUCCAUGUUUACAGAUUCCCAGUAUCUUUGCACAAACCAGGGGUGGGGGAGGGUCUCUGGCUUCAUUUUUCUGCUGUGCAGAAUACCCUAUUUUAUAUUUUUAC